CGCGUGGCCAUGACCUUACGAAAGAAGCGCGAGAUUUAAAGAGAACGCUGCGCCGAGCAGAUGCUCACGGAGAUCAACUGUUUGGUUGGACUGGACAUCCGUACAGACCCCAGGUUAACAAACCCAGACGUUUUUAAGACAUUUGGAGUCUUUUCUACAUACCUCAGCAUACAAGAUGGCAACAGGAGGCAAAGAUCAUCACCAGGACAACGGCAAGGUGGCGUCGAACUUCAACCCUGGCGAAGACGAAAUGGCAGCAAAUGGCUUUGAGACCCAUGAGAAAAUUACCCAGCAAAGUUAUCACUUAAAUACGCACAUGAAAACUCACACAGGUGAGAAGCCUUUCAUGUGUGGAGAAUGUGGCUACCGUGCAGCUACAAAAUCCGCGAUGGACAAACACGUAAGAAUCCACACAGGAGUGAAACCUUACGCCUGUAGGCUGUGUGACUACAGAGCAACUCAGAAGGGCAGCCUAGGGUACCACAUGAGGACCCACACAGGAGAGAAACCCUUCGUUUGUGAGGAAUGUGGGUACAGGGCUGCGCUCAAGGGCAACUUGGACAAACACGUGAUGAAGAGUCACAGGAGGACCCACACAGGAGAUAAACCCUUCGCCUGUGGGCAAUGUGACUACAUGACAGCUGAGAAGGACAGCCUAGACAAGCACAUGAAGACCCACACAGGAGAGAAACCCUUCGCUUGUGAGGAAUGUGGGUGCAGGGCUGCGCUCAAGGGCAACUUGCACAAACACGUUCUGACAAUUCACAGAGGGAUCCAACCAGUGGGUAGAUGUGACACAUGUGGACUUACGUCGGUUAAUUUGGACCACUAUGAACCGUUCUUGUGUGCAGAGUGCGGGUACAGGACAUCAUGCAGGCUUGCCAUCGACACGCACAUGCAAACCCACACCAUCUGCAAAGACUGCGGGUACAAGACAACCGACAAGGCUGACAUGCUCGCACACAAGAAGACAAACUGUGCUAAACCACAUCCCUGCGGACAAUGUGACUUCAGGGCAGCAACAAAGUUUGACUUAGACCGACAUGUGAAAACUCACACCGCUGAAAAGAAAUCUUAUAUAUGUGAGAAGUGUGGCUUUUUAACACCAUGCUCCAGUAGAAUGAAUAGCCAUAUGAAAACCCACGCGCAGGAGAGACCAUUAAAAUGUGAACAAUGCGACUUUAGUGCAGCUUGGAAGAAUAGCUUAAAAGCCCACAUGAAAACCCACACAGAAGAGAAGCCGUUUAAAUGUGGAGAAUGUGGCUAUAAGACAGCAAGAAAAUAUCACUUAAAAAGGCACACAGAAACUCACAGCCACACACGAGACAGGCCGUUCCAUUGCGGGCAUUGUGACUAUAAGGCAGCUAAAAAGGACACCUUAGAACGGCACAUGACAACCCACACAGGGGAGAGACCCUACGCCUGUGAUAAAUGUGACUACAGGGCUGCCCAGCAGGCUACCUUAAAGCAGCAUCAGGAAACUCACAAUAGGGGCAAAACGUAAAGACGCUGAACUACUAGCGUCAAUUCUUUAAAGCUUUUGUUGAGCUGGAAACUACAUUUUCUGUUUCGGAGUUGAACUGACAGUAUGAUGUAUGUAUACACCAAAAAGUAGUUACUCAAGCAACUGGAACUCAAGCAACUGGAAAUGGUUUCCAGUUGCUUGAGUCUAACUACUUUUUGGUGUAUCUUAUUACCUGAUCUGGAUGUCUAACCUACAUCGACGUACGUAUGUAUAUCUAAAGUAAACAUCAGGUACUGGUACAGACAAAUAUAAUGUGCAGGUCCGAACCUGUACCUGAAAGCCCUGAACCAUCAUAAACUUGA